AUGUCCACCAACUCCUCUGAAAGGACCGUGGCUGCCGGCGCUACAACUCCAUCGGCGACUGCCCAGAAUCCACUUGCUGGUGCGCAUCACCAUGUCUCUAUCAAACUUACCUACCGCAACUUUCUGUUCUGGAGAACCCAGUUGGUUCAAUUUCUCCAUGGCCAAGAAUUGCUUGGCUUUGUCGAUGGAGAUACACCUUGCCCACCGUCCGCGAUCGAGGCGACACCGGCCUCCGAUGAGUCAAAUUCCGCCGCUACCACUGGUGUUCCGGUGCCCAAUCCUGCAUACAAAGCAUGGAUCAAACAAGAUCAAUCUAUCUUGUCAUUCAUCAUUUCAUCCCUUUCGGAUGAAGUGAUGCAUCUCGCCGUCGGCAAGGCCACAUCCAGGGAGGUCUGGGAGUCGAUCAUGGCGGCGUUGGGGAGCACCACACGGGCCCGAUGUCUCAGCUUUCUUGGACAGUUCCACUCCCUACGGCAAGGCAACGGAAGUGCGGUCAAGUACCUCGGGCGUGCUCAGCUACUGGUGGAACAGCUAGCUCUCGUCGGCAGGCCCAUCUCCCUCGACGAACAGAAUUUGUUCGUGUUCCGUGGUCUCCGGCCGGAGUACCUCUCUUUGGCCUUGUCUCUCACGGCGGCAGGUAUUCCCGUUACAAUCUCGCAAAUUUCAGAUUAUCUUCAAGCCCAUGAAUUUAUCCAUGCCGAGGAUUACCCGGCUGGUUCAGACGGUGGAUUUACUGCUGCUCCGUCUGCAAUGUACGUGGGCCGCGGAGGUCGUAAUAAUGGCGGGCGAAGCACUAGAGAUGGUGGUAGACACGGCCAGAACCGAGGCCGUGGUGGCCGAGGCGGUCAGAACCGAGGCCGCAGCGGCAGAAACAGUGCACUACGAUGCCAAAUAUGCAGAGCCCAGGGCCAUACCGUAGUCUACUGUUUCAAAAGAUAUACUACACAGCCUCCCGCCCAGGUGAAUAUGGUGACCGCCGGCGAUGAAUCUGCUCCUCCGUCCUCGGCUUCGGGCUGGUUGCCGGUGAUGAAUCUGCUCCUCCGUCCUCGGCUUCGGGCUGGGUUCCCGACAUAG